GCAACAGCACCAAAGAUGGCACCUCAGUGCGCGUUGUUGUGCGAUGGUUAUAUGGCAUCAAUGUGUGAUGUGUUUGUCUGUGGGUGGCGAAAUGAUGAAAACAAAGAACUCCCCUAUUGUCUCAGCGUUUAGGAGAAGCUGCAAGCUUCGCUAGCGUCGCUAAGUACCCUUCCUAUACAAUCAUCAAAACAGUACUGAGAGCUAAAGCCCAGAAUAUGAUCAUUCCGUGGGCGUCCAUCUGUGCUCCCCGGAGUCCUUGCUGCUUCAAAGGGACAGGACACAUGUCCAGGCUUUCAAGACAAAUUAGAUUUCUUCACGUUCGACCAAGCUUUGCUGGAAGUGGUGUUCUGUUCUUCUGGGAUGGACGGAAGCCACGGACCAGUAGACGGAUGUGCGAUCUUCACAUCAGGCCGCUGCUUGCUCAGCAAGUACGCAAUGUCGGAGGCACCAGCAACGAUGGAAAAGAACCACCUGUCAUGUCUGAUGUUCAGGCGACCAUAGUAAAGGCUGUCACUGGCCAUCGUCGGAAACUGGAUGUGACCAAGGACUACACAGAACGAAACUUUGUGACGCCAGUCCGGGCAAUGAGUGACUAUCUGUUGAAACCAAGUGAUCUGGAUGGAUUGCGCAUGGUUCAUCGGCGGAGCCCUUACGAAGAUGCACCACCAAUCACCGUGCACUUGCGCCGAGAUGUCGAAGCCAAGGCACUGGAAGUGUGGGGUUCAUACGACGCAUUGCAAAAAGAGCAUGAGAGGAGGCGCAGGGAAGAGCAAAAGUACCGAGAGAGCAUGUCCAAUGUCAAGAGCAUUCUGAAAGAGUACCAACGUGCUGAAAGAGCCAGUCAGGAGGCUAAGAGGAGGGAACAAAUUCUUCAAGGUUCGGGACGUGUCGUGCACACAGCCGUUGUGAUAAAUGGCCUGAACUUUGCCUUUAAAGGAGUUGCAUGGCUCUAUACAGGAUCGCACAGCAUGUUUGCUGAAGCCAUCCACUCACUGUCGGACACCUGCAACCAGCUGUUGCUGGCUUUUGGAAUUCACAAGUCGAUCCAGCAAGCUAACCCGGAUCACCCUUAUGGCUACCACAACAUGCGUUAUGUCUCAUCGCUUAUCAGCGGAGUGGGCGUGUUCUUCUUCGGGGCUGGUCUUGCCUGGUAUCAUGGCAUCAAGGGUCUGCUGCACCCCGAAGAGCUUGAGUCGCUUUACUGGGCCUUCUUCAUUCUUGGUGGCUCACUCAUCUCAGAAGGAGGAACUUUCUUGGUGGCUUUCAAUGAGCUUAAAAAGGGUGCCCGCAGGGAGAAGAUGACCAUGUUGGAAUAUGUGAAGCGCAGCCGCGACCCAAGCGUCAACGUGGUGCUUCUGGAAGACAUGGCCGCUGUAUUGGGAGUGACCGUGGCUGCAGCCUGCAUGGGUCUGGCCACACACCUAGGGGAUCCCACUUACGAUGCCAUUGGGUCGCUUAUCAUAGGCACCCUGCUGGGAUCAGUGGCUGCCUUCAUCGUGUACUCCAACUCGGUUGCACUGGUCGGCCGCUCCAUUCCUUUUGAUGCCAUGCAACAGAUCAAUAAAGAGCUCGAAAACGACGUCAUGAUCAGGGCCAUUCAUGAUGUGAAAGCAACAGAUAUGGGCAACUACGUUGUUCGUUACAAAGCUGAAAUCGACAUUGACGGUCGUGAACUCACCAAGUCCUACCUAGAUACGCAAGACAUGGAACUCCUCCUAGAGGAAGUUAUGAACAUAGAAACCAUUGAGCAAUUGGAUGCUUUCAUGCUAAAGCAUGGAGAGAACAUUGUGGACCUCUUAGGUGCACAGGUGGACAGAAUUGAAAGCAAUUUGAAGAAGCGGCACCCAGAAGUUCGCCAUGUGGAUUUGGAAGUGCUGUGAAUAGGACGGCUAAAGUACUGGGUCGAAUACCCUGUGCUGUGCAAUGUUUUUGUACAUAGUUUUUGCUUAAGUGUAGUUGACAAGCAAGUGAACAUUAAAAUCAUGUGCAUUAGUGA